GCCGGGCCUUUUUAAAUUCUCGAAAAUUAUUUCCUAAUAUCUCCGAUGACCCCUGUCCACGUGAUCGCAGCCAAUCGUCCCGUUGUCAGCCAUGAUCUGAUGAUGCCAUCGGCAGCUGCCGCAGGGGUUGCAUUCCAAAUUCCAAAGUCAAUUCUCUCUCCAUCUUGCUACACAAUGGGUAAGAGAAAACGAACAAAUACCAGCGAAAACCCCCCUGCAGGCACUAGUACAUCACUUUUACCCCAGAAAAGAUACUACAGGCAACGCGCUCACGCGAAUCCAUUUUCUGAUCAUGCCCUGGAGUACCCAACGUCUCCCCAGAGUGUCGACUGGGAUAGCCAUUACCCUUCCUUUGCCCGCUCAGGCAAGGUGCCAGAGUUCGCCGACGUCGGUUGUGGCUUCGGCGGCUUGCUGAUCUCUCUGGCUCCUCUAUUUCCCGAUACCCUUAUGUUAGGCCUGGAAAUACGUGUGCAGGUCUCUCAAUAUGUCGAGGACCGUAUCAAGGCCUUGAGGGUAGCUGCCGAGCCUUCAUCACCGGCGGCCCACUACCAAAAUGUCUCCAUCGUCCGUGCAAAUGCGAUGAAGUUCCUACCCAACUACUUUACGAAGCAUUCGCUUUCUGCGCUCUUCUUUCUGUUUCCCGAUCCCCACUUUAAAUCACGGAAACACAAAGCGCGUAUCAUCUCACCCACUCUCCUUGCCGAGUACGCUUACGUGCUUCGUCCGGGCGGCAUUGUAUAUACUAUCACCGACGUAAAGGAUCUCCAUGAGUGGAUGAAAGCUCACCUUCAGGCAUUUCCGCUGUUCGAGCCGGUUGAUGAAGAGACACUCCGAGCCGAGGGUAAGGGCCCCAUUGUGGAUGCCGUGUACACUAGCACGGAGGAAGGCAAAAAGGUCGAACGGAACAAGGGCGAUAAGUGGCUUGCGUGUUUCAGGCGUAAAGAGGUCGCACGACAGUAAUUUCUCCAACUCGUUGCAUCCACACCAUCGGCCGAUUCUUACGAAGCGGCGCUCACGCAUAAUACCCGCCGAGGUACCUUGGGGGUGCCUGUCCUGUUAUGUUUCUUCCGUGCGGCCCGAUUUACGGUUUACUGCGAUCAAGCCGCUCUUUACUUGAUAGCUUAGUAGUGUCCCAUGAUGGAGGGUCAUAUAGAACGCGACAUUCGAAUUCGUAGAGUUACAAAAUUACUUUGUAGUGUAUCUGUAUCAAAAUGCGUCACGUUCCAUGUUGAUGAAAUAAAUCGCGAACUCUAGAAUGAAAAAUC